GGAUCACAGCAGGAAAUGAGAAGUUUUGUGGUGAUACGUUUAUUUUAAGCAUGUAUUUAGUUAUAAACAGACAAUCACGUUAUCGAAGAACAGACAGAUACAGCUUGAAGUUAUUAUACCAACCAAUUCAAAAAAAUCAAUAUAAGCUUUAAUAUAACCGAUGGUGGAUGGGACAGACUUUGAAUGAAAUAAUAAGUGUGCAAACAAACAUGUAUGUAUAACUCGCACAAUGCUCUUAACAUAAACCAAAUAACAAUGGUUGAAGUACAGUCAAGUGGACAAACUACCACUGUUGUUUUACAACAGCCUCUAUCAGUAUUGCGACCUACACAAGGAUAUUUCCUAACGAGAGAAUGGAGUACUGGAAUUUGUAGCUGUUUCGAUGAUUGUGAAUCAUGUCUUUGUGCAGGAUUUUGUUACCCAUGUUAUCUUUGUCAUAUGUAUAACAUUUCAAAUGAGGCCUGUUGGCUUCCUUUAUGUGGAGUUGGUGUUUUUCCUCUACGUAUUAAAUAUCGAAUCAAACACAACAUAAAUUAGACAUGUUCAGUGAAAGAGACAUUGGAACUGAAUCUAAGCCAAAUGCAUGGGGAAGAAACGCUAACCAAACAUACUCAAGAACCUUUUGUAAUCCAAAUAUCAAGCUGCAAGACAGUACCUAUUCCACACUUGUAAUCUAAAUUAUACGUAGAAUAAUACAGUACUAUUACUUUAGCGUAAAGUACACAUGAUAGACAUAGAAUCUACAUGUGUCUUACCAAACUAUUAUUUAGACAUAAUGCUUGAUUUAUACUUGUUCACUUUAUAUUUUCUGAGUUUAGUAAUUUAACGAAAAUACUUCUGAAUUAUUCUUAUGAACGUUUUAUACGCUUUUACAAAUGAAUAUUGGGAGUUCAUUAAAAUAACAUAAUUUUAAUAAGACUUGAACAGAUACUUGAUGAAAUUUUUAUGGCAGUCUUACACUGUACUGUGGACUGUUAUUAUUACUUUUAAUAAUUAUACUUUUAACUAUGUACUAAUUACACUAAAAAUCACCAGGGUAAAUGGAUUCAAAACACUUAUCUACUACCAUGUAACAAUGCUAAUCAGUAUAUACAACUAUAUAAUUAAAAUGGAAAUAAUAAUAAUAAUAUAAAUAAUCAGUUAAAUAUGAAAAAUCCGAUCAGACUUCAUGUGACAAUUCUAGACCCGUUUCACUUUUUAUAUCAUGAAACUAAAUUUUACAUUGUUCAAAGUUCGUAAAUGUAUAUUAUGUAUACUUAUUUAUUUACAUUAACGUUGUUCUAAUGCAUUGGAUAAUGUGAUAUGAUCCGUUAAAUGUAUUUUUACAAUAUUGAUGUUCGUUAUGUUAGCUUAUAAAUAAUAUCAACUAUUGUUUCGAAUAAUAUCGAUGAAUUUCCUAGCUAUCAUAUAACACACUCAGUUCCGAAACUUUUUUAACUUGUUUAAUAAUUACAGAGUCUGUGAGUAAUGUGACAUUUCCAUAGCUUACAUCACCGUUGGUUAUUAUUUUGACUAGCACUGUAAACUAGGAAGGACUAGAUAACCAUUUUGUCUUAGCAUGAAACUCCUCAGUAGUACAUAUGAACGGCUUAUCAAGACUAGAGGUUUCUACGAGCCUGAGGCCUUGGAUCCAGUUCUCGAUGAUGUCCAUGAAUGUGUGUUGUUUAGGGGUAUUACACUUGAGAGAUUCGUCAUUUCGGUGAUUCAAGACUCUCAGUUGGUAUGUUUGACUAUUCGAUUGUUUAAAUUUACUAAUAUUAUUAUUUAUAAUUAUUCAUUUUAAUAAUUUCCAUUUUGUUAGGGCUCUUUACUUGAUGAUAAUUGUAUUACAUGUUGUUGUCCUCAACUUGUUUUAUGCCAGUUAAGACGAGAGAUGAAAUAUAUGGAAUCUUAAUAAAUUUUAAUUAUGAUAAGUAUAAUCAAUCGGAAAAGAGAAUAUUUCAAUCUUCUUUCGAAGAAUGUUGUUUUUUGAUUACGUGAACGUUCUAUAACAUAAACUACUUUCAUGUUAAAAAGGAAUAAUUAUAGUGUGCAUACAUGAUUAAGAGUUGUUGAUAAAGAAUAAAAAAUCUUUGGUAUAAUAA